ACACACACACCUUAUUAAUGUAUAUAUUAUAAUAACAAUUUCUGAUGUAAACACUUUUCUUAUUAAAUAUUUUCUGAUUUUUAAAUUAUAUCUUAAUAGGUUUCUGAUUUAUGAGUAGUUGAUAUUCGUGAAAUCCUGCUGCAGUUUUAAGAAGAAGCAGAAAAAACUCAGACUGAGUAGAUAAAUACAUAAACACCCAAAUAAAUGAAUAAAUAAGUAAAUAAAAGAAUUACUGUAAUGAAUGAAGCUCUGUGUUCAGACUGCUGCUCAGUGGGUGGGAGGAGAACUCCUCUGCAGUGUUUCCAUUGGCUCAGACAGGGAGGGGGCGUGGGCUGGAAUGAGGUAGCAGCCAAUCAGAGAGCAGCGGGUAAGCAAGUGUGGGAGGGUGGGGUGAAUUCGAGGACGCUCUAAGGGACAGAGUCUCAGUGUGAAGACAACAUGUGGAUGUCCUGGGACAGCUGCUGACUGGACAAGGCUCUCAGAUCCUAACCAGCCUAUCAAAGACAGUCUGAUGGACGAAGGACAGGGGACAUUAACAAGGGACAACAAACACUGUGGACAUUAACAAGGGACAACAAACACUGUGGACAUAAAAGAGGGACAACAAACACUGUGGAUGUUAACGAGGGACAAUAACCAACAACUGUGUUAAUUGAAUUGUGAUUGGAUGGCAGGUUCCUUCAUUCUGUAGUUGAGCUCUGAUUGGUCGAGAUGUUAGAAGCUGAGCUCUGAUUGGUCGAGAUGGUUGAAGCUGAGCUCUGAUUGGUCGAGAUGUUGGACGGUGUAAAGAAAAUGAUUUUGGGGCGUCGGUCCUCCCCUCUCUCUGACCCCGCCCUCUGUCCUCGUUCUCAGCGGCGUCCUCCAUCGACCCCACCCCUCCCCACUAGGAAGCUGCAGCUGGUUGCUAAGCAACCAGAGGUGCAUGUUGUGUUUCGGGAUCGCAGGAAGGUCAAAGGUCAGGUGACGGGAGUCAGAGAGUCUUGGCCAGGUACUGGGCGCACACCCUCUGAACCCAAACCCAGGACGAGUCAGAGGUCACUGACCCCGCCCACCAACCUGCCACGACCUCAGGUGAACCCGCCAGCGCCUCACCCUCAUUGGUCCGUCCCCAUAAGAGCUCCGCCCACUUGGUCAGGCUCUGACGCCACCAUGAUGUCACUGCUGCUGUUGUGCCACAGUGGGUCCAGUCACAGUCUGGUUGCCAUCGAUAAUAAAAUCGAGCAGGCCAUGGACCUGGUGAAAAGUCACCUGAUGCUGGCGGUCAGAGAGGAGGUGGAGCUUCUGAGGGAACAAAUCAGAGAGCUGCAGGAGAGGAACCAACAGCUGGAGAGAGAGAACCACAUCCUGAGA